GUGUCCCGCCCCCCCCUCGGGCGCCGCAGUGCGCCGGGAGCGAGCGGCGCCGAAAAGAGCCGGAAAGAGCCGAAGCGGAGCCGAAAAGAGCCGAAGAGCGGGGACGGAGCGGAGCCGAGAGGAGCCGAAGCGGAACCGGAGCGGGACCGGAGCGGAACCGGAGCGGGACCGGAGCGGACCCUGAGGAGGGUCCGGCCAUGCCCUGAGGCGGCUCCUCAGGGCUCGUCCUCCUCCUCCUCCUCCUCCUCCUGCCGCGGGGGAGGGGCCCAUGGGCCGGGCAGGGGGCUGAGGGGCGGCCGGAACCGCUGAACUGGGCCGAACUGGGCCGGACUGGGCUGAACUGGGCCGGAAAAAUCAGAACCGCGGCCGGAAAGAGCCGAAGAAACGAAGGAAGGAGGGAGCGGGACGGAAAGAGCCGAGCCGGGCCGGAAAGAGCCGAAGCGGAGCGGAAAUAGCGGAACCGGGCCGGAAAUAGCGGGAAGGAGUUCGGGGAGGGGCGGAAAGAGCCGAAGGUGUCCGGAAGUUACCGAAGGUGUCCGGAAGGUGCCGAAGGUGUCCGGAAAGUGCCGAAGGUGUCCGGAAAGUGCCGAAGUGCCGCCAUGUUGCUGCCGCUGCUCCUCGGGCUCCUCGAGGUUUCGGGGGCCCUGGGGGGCUGCGUGGAGGUGGCCUCGGGCACCGAGGCCGUGCUGGGGGCGCCGUUCCGGCUGCUCUGCAUCGCCUGCAAGCGGCGCAGCGAGACCCCGGCCGAGGCCGAGAGCGAGUGGUUCUUCCGGCCUGAGGGGGCCCCCCACUUCCAGAAGAUCCUGCACUACAGCCCCGAGGAGGGGCAGUGGGUGGCCCCGGGCCCGUUCCUGGACGUGCUGGCCUGGAACGGCUCGCGGGGCACGCGGGACCUGCAGGACCUGUCGGUGUGGCUGGCGCACGUCGGCCGCGCCCACGCCGGGCACUACGUGUGCGGCCUGAGGAGGAACCUGACCUUCGAGGGGUACACCUACAGCCUGGCCAGGAACCAGAGCCUGCGGCUGGCCGUCGUGGAGAAGGCCCGGCGGGACCUGGCCUCCAUCGUCUCCGAGAUCCUGAUGUACGUGCUGAUCGUGGUGCUGACGCUCUGGCUGGCGGCCGAGAUGCUCUACUGCUACCGCAAGGUGGCGGCCGCGGCCCCGCCCCCCGACAGCGCCUCGGAGUACCUGGCGAUCACCUCGGAGAGCAAAGAGAACUGCGGGGGCGUGCAGGUGGCCGAGUGACCCUGAGUGACCCCUGAGUGACCCUGAGUGACCCUGAGUGACCCCUGAUGACCCUGAGUGACCCCUGAGUGACCCCUGAGUGACCCCCGAGUGACCC